GUCUUUGUCUGUUUUGGAUCUCAGAAAAAAGAUUCCAGUGUCAUUUUCAACAACUGCAAACUGAAGAAGCACAUGCUAUGUGAGGAAGGAACAAUUUCAAGCCUCCCAGCCCUGACCUGGCUGAUAGAGAUCAGAUGGUGACUGGAUAGAAACCUUCCUAGUCCUGGGUCCAUGAUGUACGCACCAGUUGAAUUUUCACAAACAGCAUACCCACGAAUCGAAUAUCAAAGAAGACAACAACAAUUUUGGGACCCUAUACGACUAGCUCUGUUCACAUUGGCAAUUGUCGCAAUCGUAGGAAUCACAAUUGGCAUCGUCACUCAUUUUGUUGUUGAAGAUGACAAGUCAUUUUAUUACCUCGCCUCUUUUCAAGUCACAAGCAUCAAAUACAGAGAAAAUUAUGGAAUCAGGUCAUCAAGGGAGUUUAUAGAAAGAAGUCAUCAGAUCGAGAGAAUGAUGUCCAGGAUAUUCCGACGUUCUUCUGGAGUGGGUAGAUUUAUCAAGUCCCAUGUUAUCAAGAUAAGUCCAGAUGAACAAGGAGUGAACAUUCUUAUAGUGCUCAUGUUUCGAUACCCAUCUACUGAUAGUGCCGAGCGAAUCAAGAAAAGAAUUGAAAGGACUUUUUAUCAAAGUCUGAAGAUCAAACAGUUGCCUUUGACUAUUAGUAUGCCAUCAUUCAGCCUCACACCCAUUGACAGCAAAAAGAUGAGAAAUCUUCUCAAUAGCCGAUGUGGGAUAAGAAUGUCAUCUUCAAACAUCCCAUUACCAGCAUCCUCUUCUACUGAACGCAUUGUCCAAGGGAGGGAAACAGCUAUGGAAGGAGAGUGGCCAUGGCAGGCUAGCCUCCAGCUCAUUGGGGCUGGCCAUCAGUGUGGAGCCACACUCAUCAGCAACACAUGGCUGCUCACAGCAGCUCAUUGCUUCUGGAAAAACAGAGACCCAACUAAAUGGAUUGUCACCUUUGGUACAACUAUAACACCACCUUUAGUCAAACGAAGUGUUGGGAAGAUUAUCAUCCAUGAAGAGUACCACAGAGAUACCAAUGAAAACGACAUUGCUCUAGCUCAGCUAACCACCCGCGUCGAGUUUUCAAAUGUGGUUCAGAGAGUCUGCCUCCCAGAUUCAUCUAUGAAAUUGCCACCGAAAACAAGUGUUUUUGUCACAGGAUUUGGGUCUAUUGUAGAUGAUGGGCCUACACAAAAUAAACUCCGGCAGGCCAGGGUGGAAACCAUAGGUUCUGAUGUGUGCAACAGAAAGGAUGUAUACGAUGGCUUGAUAACUCCAGGGAUGCUGUGCGCUGGAUUCAUGGAAGGAAAAAUAGAUGCAUGUAAGGGUGAUUCUGGUGGACCUUUGGUUUAUGACAAUCGGGACAUCUGGUACAUUGUGGGCAUAGUAAGUUGGGGACAAUCUUGUGCUCUUCCAAACAAGCCUGGAGUCUACACAAGAGUGACUAAGUAUCGAGACUGGAUAGCCUCCAAGACUGGCCUCUAAAGUAUACUGUUGUGAGUGAUGGCCAUAGCCCACGAAGCAGGAUACCUGCAGAUUGUACAGUAUUACUUAGAGAGUUGUGAGCUACAGUCACAGCCCAUGGAACAGGAUGCCUGCAGAUAGUACAUUAUGCGCAUUGUUACUUAGAGUCAUUGGGGGUAAAUGAGUGCUUCUGCCAGAUGUGAAGGACUCUUCAGAUGGAGACCAAUUUAAUAACAUGAGGUGACUUUUUGUGCAUAAACUUUACCAAGAAGGAAGAAAACUUAGCAAAUGACAGGCAGCACCAGCAUCUCACUCGUAAAGGUGACUCCUUAAUGUGACAAACAUAAAUAGCUUCCCUCAGGAUAUAAAGAGCUGCCAAGCUGCUAUGAUCUUACCUCAUAUAAUGCAUAGAGCUCCAGGACUCAUCUUACAAAUGUCAGCUAGCAUCUUCCUUAAGGAUUCAAGACACAAGCAUUUUAGAACUCAUAACUGGACAUUCAACUGCUACAAUGAAGGAGUGUGUAACCUGCAGUAAAACUUGAACUCUAACCUGCAUUUGCAGCUGACCGAGCAGAGCUUUAUUCUCAACCACAGGAACUGUCAUUAUUUAAAUGCAUAUGAACUUGCCAUUAUACUAUAUAAUGUCCUAAAACAGUAGCCUUAGGAAGCAUAUUGAGUUGAUAAGAAUCAUUUCUGGCUUACUCCUUAGCAGUGUCUUGCCAUCCACAUAUAAAUCAUAUUUAGCCCAUCAAAGAGAAAAAUAAAAUUAUUACAAGUAUUUUUCCACUAGUAUAGGAAGAAUUAAAGGAAGCUGAUGAAAGCAGAAUAAUCUGAAAUAUAGUUAGUGACACGGCACUCACAACUUUUGAUGGAACGUGUUUUCCAAAUAUUUAUUUAGAAAUGUUUAGACAUAAGCAAAUGGUAGCUCUUGCUAUCAUACGUUACCAGCUCAUUGCCAAGUUAUAUGUCUAUCAAAAUGUCAGGCGGGAAGGGCCUUACUGAAAACACUUAGUACAGUGCUUACUAUAUACUAAGUACUAAGUAAUAGUGAGUGUCCCAGCAAAGCCUGGUGGUGGGCAUAGUGUUAGUGAGCCCAUAUUGUCUGAGCAAGGCCAGUGGCUCACGAGUUUUGUCUCUGCCAUAUGCAAAGUAUAUGCUUUUAUGCAAAUGACCCAAUAUCUCUCUGUUAGUUAGCUCUUUCAUCUGGAUGGUGUGAAUUAAAAUACUACCUCACUGUGGUUGUUUUUUUUUUUUUUGAGGGUUACAUGUAUUAAUACAUGUAAAGUAUUUGCAAUAGCAUCCGCACACAGUAAGUUCUUAGGAUGAAUAAGCUACUAUCAAUAUUAAUAUUAAUGUUCCUUGGACUUUAAAAGCACAUUGUAUUUUUAAAUGUCCUACUUAUUCCAAAGAUGCAAAUAAUUUCAAAGGACCUUAAAUUACAUUGUUGAAAAGCAGAUGGAGUAUUCAGGUUUUCAAAAUCACUUUUAUGUUUCCUGGAUUUAAUUUUGAUCUGUGUCUACUGUAGAUGAUCUGUGUCUACAGGAUGAUGGCCGCCAUGCUUGGAACUAAACUAUAGCCGAGUGUCAGUAUUCACCCUCUGCCCUCAGCUGUGAGGUUUGCAAGUUACUUUGACUUAGCAGACAAAAACUGUGGCAUAGCCAUCGUUGAAUGGCUAAAAGUUUUGUUUUCUUUUGAGUUUACAUGUAAUUGGUUUUAUAUGUAGCAUUUGUAACCGAGAUUAAUAUAACCUUUUCAAAGUCUCUGAGGUGCUCUACGUUGCAUCUCAAUGAACUACGAGCACACAGAGGUCAUGUCUGGUCACUUAAAAAAUUAAAGCUGGGCAUGACUGAUGUUGGAUUUUUUUUCUUUUAAUUUAAAUAAAUGACUGCUUUUGGUAGAUAUGGGAAAGCAAAUCUGUCUACCAAAAGGACCCUUAUUCUUUCCUUUGUAAGUCUCUAACAAUAGAUACAUGCUUGUGUCUAAUUUUAUUUAUAGUUCAUCAAACUGUGAUAACUUUUUUUAAGUAUUCAUGAAACUCUGUAUUCUGAUUUAAAUCUUCCAUGCUUAGUUAGAUUGAAUUAGAUGAUAAUUUAACAGGAAUAAGAAAAAUAAAUAUAAAAAGUCAUAUGAAUCCUAAAAGAAAAAGAAAAGUGUAUUUUUUAUAACAGUGUUUGUAUGUCUUAGUUCAUGUUUGGUAUUUGACUUAUUGAUCGAAUGUCAUAGAAGUCAAGUAAUACUGUACUCCAUGUUUUCCACCUGAUAUAUGGGUUACUAAGCUGUCUACCUCAUAGCAUUCCUGUGAGGAUUCUUGUAAAUAAUAAAGUUGAAAAGUUGAAGAACAUUUAAAGAUCUCAAAAAAUGCAGAGUACAUUAUUGUUAAUAGAUACCAAUAUAGAUGAUACAGAAAAUGCAUUUAGAUUAUGAAGAUUGAGGCAUUUUGCUCUGCAAUGUUGUGGUUUUAUUGCUUUGUACAUUUGGCAAACAUAAAAAUGGUUAACAACACACAAGAAAAUGAUCUUGCCUCCUCUGUAUUGACACUAUAGUAAUUUUAGUACUCUUUUAAUCAAAAGCCGGAUAUAGGCUUAAAAGAACCAAAAAAUCAAUUAGAUGUAUAGAAAAUGUAAUAAUCCCUACAAAACAGAAUCUCUUGAAACCUUGGGUUCUGACUAAAGGUUAUUUAUUUAUUUAUUUUUUGGUGGAGAAAGACUAAGCCAAAACUUUUGGUAGUAAUAAACCAUGACUCUGACAUCUUUAUAAUUCACCAACAAUAAGAGCAAUAAAAUAUAUCUAUCCUUUCAACUAAAUAC